AUGGAUCACCUAGCGGCUGUACUAGACUCAAUAGAUGGUGUGGGUACAUCGGAGCUGUUUAUCGAUCGAGUGUUUCGCCAACAUGGCUUGCUAGUGGCAAUUGUUUCUGAUCGUGAUUCUCGUUUCACGAGUAAAUUUUGGAAGUCCGUCUUCCAGGUGCUGGGCACCCGUUUGGACAUGUCCACAGCGGAUCAUCCGCAGACCGAUGGUCAAACCGAACGCGUAAAUCGCGUUGUUGAAAAUAUCAUCCGCAGUGUUUGUGCUGAAAUGCCUAAGCGUUGGAGCUCUAUGCUUCCUGUAGUUGAGUUUGCACUCAAUAACUCCGUGCACGCCUCUACCGGCUACACCCCGUUCUAUGUGAAUGGGCUCACACACCCACGCGUUCCGUUAACGCUACCACCGAGUGGUUCAGGGCUUGGUGGGGGAGAGUUUGCCGAUCGUCUUGCUGAUGUCAUCCCUAAUACUGUUAAGAAACAGGUAAAUGCGUUUCUCGCAACGCGACUAAAUGCCUUACGACAUGCGCAAGAUGCAAUGGCUGAUAGUCAAGAUAAACAAAAGGAAUAUGCAGAUGCUAAAGGCAGAUGUUGUAUUAAUGAUUAUGAGGUCGGAGACCAAGUAUUACUUAAUGCUAAAAAUCUACCUACCAAUGUAGUAUCCGCUGUCUUUAAGACGAAGUUGCGCCCGCGCUUUAUCGGACCCUUUAAGGUCAUUGCCAAAAAAGGCACAGCGUAUACGCGUAAUUUGCCGCGCAAAUUGCGUACACAUCCUGUGUUCUAUGUCGGCAUGCUGAAACCAUAUCGGGAUCCGUCUCAAAUAGACGCUAAGGCGCUCGUGCCGAGUUCAUCGGCAUUGUCGCGGGGCGAAUCAUCUGCACUAACAGGUCAAGCUGACCCUACACUCGGGUUCGGCUCUCUUCCAGUGACUCAAGACGAGAGUUCAUCGACUGCAUAUCCGCACGGAGGGACCGCACCUCUUGAAGAAGCUCGGCAUGAGCAUGUGCCGAUACACCGGCCUCCUCCGGCUUUGCUCGAUGCGCAGGGGAACCUACAGUUCCAUGUGGAGCGUCAAUUGCAGAAGCGUCGCCGCCAUGGCCAAAACCAGUAUCUGGUAAAGUGGCGGGGUUAUCCCGAGUCGUGGAAUUCAUGGGAGUUUGAGACUCCCCUUCGGCAGGACUGCCCGUACGCCGUGGACGUUUUUGAGCGUCGUGCGCAGGGUCCGCCUGUUGGCGCUGACGCUUCUCACCAGUAA